GGGUCGGGCCGGGCCGGGCCGGGCUGAGCCGAGCGCGACAGGGGGAGCUGCUGCACCUGAUACACCGGGGCGGGAGCGCGGCGGAGGAGGGAGGGAGCUGUGCUGCCUGCGAAAGCCUCUCCCCGCCGUUAGUCAGCGCUGGUCUCGCUGCUCCUCCCGCCCCCCGCUUCUCCUGUUGGGAGCCGGGCUUUCGCUCCUGUUCCCCUCGGGGCUGGCGGCUUCGCAUCCUUCUCCUCAUCUUCCUCCUCCUCCUUCCCCCUGGUCCCUAUGGCUUCGUCCGGCAGCGGCAUGGAGGAGGUGCGCGUCUCGGUGCUGACCCCGCUGAAGCUGGUGGGGCUGGUGUGCAUCUUCCUGGCGCUGUGCCUGGACCUGGGGGCCGUGCUGAGCCCCGCCUGGGUGACGGCGGACCACCAGUACUACCUGUCUCUGUGGGAGUCCUGCCGCAAGCCCGGAAACUUGGACAGCUGGCUCUGCGAGUCGACGCUGCACAGCGACUGGCAGAUAGCUACUCUUGCUUUGCUGUUGGGUGGUGCUGCCAUCAUUCUCAUAGCUUUCCUGGUUGGUCUGAUCUCUAUCUGUGUGGGAUCUCGGAGGCGGUUCUACAGACCAGUUGCAGUCAUGCUCUUUGCUGCAGGCUCCAAGACCCCUGGAGAUCUUGGAGAAGCAUUCAUUUUGCAUCAUCUCCCAUUAGACUUGCUUUUCUGCCCAUCAUUGGACCAUUGUUCUUCAGGUGUGCAGCUUAGUCCUCUACCCAAUCAAGUUCAUUGAAACAGUCAGCUUGAAAAUAUACCAUGAGUUCAACUGGGGCUAUGGCCUGGCUUGGGGUGCAACUAUAUUUUCAUUUGGGGGUGCCAUCCUCUAUUGCCUGAACCCUAAGAACUAUGAAGACUAUUACUAGAAUCAUUUAAUGGAAAUAAAAAUAUCAAAAGGAUUACCCCAUCUUUUCUAACUCACAGUUUUUUUAGAACACUUGUGGAGCACCAGUCUGCUCUGUUGAUAAAAAAAAUAGCCUUUGCCUUUUGGGUGUGAACACUGUAACCAGCUUUUACAACCAUUUAGAAGAACUGCGAACACUAGGAUUGCUGAUCUUACAUAGGCAGAUGCUGCAAGCUGCUGAUACAUAGGCUUUGUUUUUCCUGACAACAAGCAAAGGAUCUACGUGACAGCGAUCAUUGUGAGAAAACUAGUUGGAAUGAAAAUGCAAGGCCAGCAUCUGCUAUUGCCUUCAGGGGAGCAGCUGGUAUAGUCUCCAUUUAGAAGUUUCUCUGUAUCAUUGAGGAUUCAAAUGUCUGAUAAGCAGGCAAUGGCAUCUUGUACAAUAGGCUGUGUUGGCCCCUUAUUACUUGCUCAAAAAAGCUCUUAAGGAAUUAGUUGCAAGUAACUGUUGAGGACAGUGAAUGUAACUGGUUAAUGUCUUGUCUAAUAUCUGCAUUCAACAGUCUUCUUGGCGAAUGAAAAAAAAAAAAAAGCAAACACACACACAGGAUUUCAUGAAUUGGUAAUUGGGUAAUUGCCAUCACCAUGCCAGCUGUAGCAGAUUGUUGAAGGAAGUCCAAACCUGGAGACAUGUGCUUCUGACUGUGUGGUUGGAAGUUGUCUCAGCUCUGAGUAUUUUGCUGGGAGGGUGGAAAUAAGGGGGAGGACAAAAGACCAUAUACAUCCCUAAGGCAUCUAAAAUGCAUGAAUAAAUUGCAGUUUUCCUAAGUACCCUUUAACUUCUGAACAUCAGCGUGAAAAAAAAAUGAGUAUGGAACAAGUUCAAUUCUAUUUUUGGAAGGUAUUUGUUAGUAUAAGUGAGUAUACAUAAUACAAAUAUAAAUACAAAGGGAGAAAGAGAAUUAGUCUUUAAAUUGUAAUAAGAACUGUGAUGCAGUGGUUAAAAUACUAACUUUGUACACAUUUUUGAGGGUCUUGGACUGGUACCCCCAGUCACGGUUGGCAUUGCAAAAUAAAUAUAAAAUGGUUUGUCUUCUGUGUAUGCCCUUGUACAGAUUCUGUGUUAUGGGAAAUGCUUAAAAGUUCACAUCAAGUUAAGGUACAAGUGGAUGAAAUAACUACUUGUUAUUCCAUAUGUAAUCUAAUACUUAUUAAAAACGUUUUAUAAGGCUGUUGCAAAGGGGAAAAAAAAUUGCCAUUUUUAAAAAAUCUAGUUAGGUUGCUACUGUUUCUGAUCAUCAAGAACAUAGCUGAGACCCAUUCAUGUCCAUAUUAAAACAUUAGCACUGCAGGAGCUACUCUCAUGUUUUUAAAGGCUGAGUUUAUAAUGGGCUGGCUGAUGAUUAUGUACACCUAAUUACUCCUUGCUUAGUAUGUUUCCCACUUAAAACAUCUGGAUAUUGUACCCAUUAAAUGAAAUCCAAGUUAAAAUAGGGAGAAUUUCUCAGUGUAUUUAAUCUGCAUCACUUUUAUUUUUGUUUACGAUUUGCUUGUUUGGGUAUUUUGAAUUAAUUAUGAACAUAUUUUUAUACAAUUCUAAUCUUUAGAAAUAACUAUUUUUUUUAAUGGAGAAAUUUAAAGUAUAUUCUAUGUGGACCUCUGCAAAAGUGGAUACACUGGGGUUGCAUGUCCACCUCUGCACAAAUGGUUUUGCUGGUUCCACAGAAAAGACUGCUGAAUGACUCAAUGUUAAGAUCACAUUUGCAGUGUUAAUGAUUAUGCCGCAGUUCUCAGGGAGCAGAGGCUCUGCAUUGACCAUGCUACCCUAGGACUGCCUCUAAGAAGCUGUUCUCAAAGUGUUGCUGCUGUACAGAAGUGAUUUCUAAAACUCCAGGCCUCCCUGGAGCUAAGCCUUCACUAUCACAGAAAAAUAUUCUGUAUCAGCAUUCCUUCCUGGACCAGUGGUGAUUAAUUAGAUUAGACAGAGCAAAAUGAUAGCUUCACUUAAGAGGGAUUGUAUAGCAAUGCCUAAAGAGGUAAAGGAUGGAAGGAAGAAAUAGGUCCGUUUAUUUUGCAGGCACCCAAGAGCAUUUGUAACAUUUAUUUUUUCUGAGACUGACUUAAGACAAAUAUUCAGUAUGUAGUAAAUUCUGUAUCUUUCUGAACUGCUCUGUAGUUCUGCUUUUAUUUAGCAGCAUGGAGAACAUUGUAGUUUGGCAUGGGAAUUAGGUUAAUGUAGAGAGAAGUUCACUGUGAGAAGAUUUCUAUACCUUUCUAGGAGAAUUGUGUUUUGAUAGCAGUAUUGCACGGUGUUUUGCCAAUGCUGGCAAGAAGGUGCAAUACUGUAGUAGUAAAUCUACAAAAUUAUCAAAACAUUUUUUUCUUUAUGUAGAGUUUGAGUGAAAUUAAAUGUGAGGCUUAAGGCAUAUGCAAGUUAAUCGCAAGCACUCCUAAAGUCACAUGGCUGUUAAUACGAAUGAUGUUCAGGCAAAAAAAAAAAAUUACAAAUGUGAAUGCCUAAAGACAAGGUUCUUCAUUCAUAUUUGGGUCAGAGAUCUGAUUUCAGCACCUGCUUUUCCUUUUGAACAUAAUUCAAUCUAUUAGGAUGCACCUUGAGCUUCUCAGGUCCUUUUACUUGGACAUCUAGUAUUUGGAUUUAGGUAUCUACAUUUAUCAGCUUGGAACCUCCCUUUAACUUUAUGUUGCUACUUGAGUUCUUUUCCCACCCCCAUUCCAAUAAUGGUAAUUAUUUUUCAGAACUGAACAAAAAGUAAUUACACUUCUGAUUUCUUUCUAGACACACAAACACACACACACAAAAAAGGGAAAAUUGGUGUCUGAGUGUAUGUACAACAAAUUAAUCAUUCUGAACAUUAUGCUUGUGUCAUGCCAUCGUUAUUUCGGUUGUUUGACUUUGUCUCACUGUCAGGAUGAUUCUUUCACACAGCAAAUCCCUUGUUUAUCAUUCAAAUAUAUAUGAAUAAAGAUAUAUAUAUAUAUAGCAAA